AGGCUGCAGAAUGUUUUGCUCCAGCUCAUCCCAGCCUGGCGUGGGACAGGGAAGAGAAAUGGCUGCAGUGGAGUCAGUCCAGGGGCUGGUGACCUUCAAGGAGAUGGCUAUGUAUUUCACCAGGGAAGAGUGGGCUCUGCUGGACCCCACUCAGAGAGCCCUCUACUGGGAUGUCAUGCAGGAGAACUAUGAGACUGUGACCUCGCUGGGCCAGAGAAUAACAUCCAUGUUUCGCUGCAGAUCAUCUCGUCCUCCCAGGGGCAAGGAAAUGGCUGCAAUGGAGCUGGCUCAGGGGCCGGUGACCUUCGAGGAGGUGGCUGUGUAUUUCUCCAGGGAAGAGGGGACUCUGCUGGACCCCACUCAGAGAGCCCUCUACAGAGAUGUCAUGCAGGGGAACUAUGAGACGAUGGUCUUGCUGGGUAAGGAUUCCUGUCCCUUCUGUUCUUGGAAGGGGAAAUGAAGAGUGAAGGUUCAUGCCACCCCCACAAUGCCAUCUGUACCCUGUCCUGUUUCAGCAUCACCCCAAUAGGCCAGUAACAUACAUACUACCAGAGACCCUCCUCUGCUGCAGAACACUUUGGGAACAGAGCACAGGAGCAGCAUCACACAAUGUCAAAUAUCUCCUCUUUACUCAAGUAAAACUGGGGUUAGGUCCAGCAUAAUGAACAGAAGCUUCCUACCCCCAGCCUUCUCUCAAACCCUGAGCC